GCUAGCCGGGGGUUAGCCGACCUACUUCAUAACAGCAAACGUUACAUCACUUGGUAUCCAGUCCCACCUGUUUAACAUUGUGCUGAAGGAACUAACGUUGCCAGACUAAUUACUGCGACGGCCGCGUAACCGUUAGUGACAUUGGCAUGACACACUGACCUGUAAACUUGACUUAAAGCGAUCAUAUAAUACGGUGACAGUGCAGAUUUGCUGUUUCGAAAGGAGCUGCUAAGACGCGGUUGGUUUCAUCGUAGCCCUGGUUUUGAGCCAAAAUUAGAGCAUGUCCUGUCCUUGUGCUUCGGCCGCGAGAUUAUUCCUAAAUUCUGCCCACAGAGGAUUGUCAUGCCCCCGGAUUCAGUUGUUUUCUCUGAGUAGACAUGGGUCCCGGGAAACUCAUCUCCCUCCUCGGGUCCGGGUGAGGUCAUUUUCAGAGACUGCUGUCUGCUAUGCCUCCAAAGAUGGGACAACGAAGGACAGUGGAAGUGAUGGUGGAAAGAAAAGCAUCAGUGAGGGGAAGAGACUGUCUGGCUCUGGCGGAUCAGGCAAGGGUGGAAGUCAGCUCCGUUGCCCUAAAUGUGGGGAUCCCUGCACACAUGUAGAGACUUUUGUAUCAUCAACACGAUUUGUAAAAUGUGAGAAAUGCCAUCACUUUUUCGUGGUGCUCUCUGAAACGGACUCUAAGAAAGGGUUAAACAAAGAACCAGAAUCUGCUGCUGAGGCUGUGAAACUGGCAUUUGCACAGAAACCUCCCCCUCCCCCGAAGAAGAUUUAUGCUUACCUCGACAAGUACGUUGUUGGCCAGUCCUAUGCAAAAAAGGUGUUGGCAGUUGCAGUGUACAAUCACUACAAGCGCAUCUACAACAACAUCCCUGCUGGGAGUCGGCAGCAGGUGGAGGUGGAAAAACAGGCCUCUCUAACACCCCGUGAGCUAGAGAUGAGAAGACGAGAGGAUGAGUACAGAUUCACAAAGCUGCUGCAGAUUGCAGGGAUCAGUCCCCAUGGAAAUGCCUUGGGAGCAUCCAUGCAGCAGCAGGCCAGCCAGCAGGCACCUCAGGAGAGGAGGGGCGGAGACGUCCUGGACUCAACUCACACUGACAUCAAACUGGAGAAGAGCAACAUUGUUCUUCUUGGCCCAACUGGGUCAGGAAAGACAUUAUUGGCACAGACGCUGGCCAAGUGUCUUGAUGUCCCCUUUGCCAUUUGUGACUGCACCACACUAACCCAGGCUGGAUACGUGGGAGAAGACAUUGAGUCAGUCAUUGCCAAACUGCUGCAAGAUGCCAACUACUCUGUGGAAAAAGCACAACAAGGUAUCGUGUUCCUGGAUGAAGUGGAUAAGAUUGGCAGUGUACCUGGAAUCCAUCAGCUGAGAGAUGUAGGAGGAGAGGGAGUCCAGCAGGGGUUGCUUAAACUCCUCGAGGGCACAAUUGUCAACGUUCCUGAGAAAAACUCCAGGAAGCUGAGAGGAGAGACGGUGCAGGUUGAUACAACAAACAUCCUCUUUGUUGCAUCCGGUGCCUUCAAUGGACUUGACCGAAUCAUAAGCAGAAGAAAGAAUGAGAAGUAUUUGGGUUUUGGAACCCCGUCCAAUCUGGGGAAAGGGCGCCGUGCGGCGGCUGCGGCAGACCUGGCCAACACCAGUGGUGAGACGGACACAGUGGCAGAGAUUGAGGAGAAGGACAGGCUGCUGAGGCACGUCGAGGCCAGGGACCUGAUUGAGUUUGGCAUGAUCCCAGAGUUUGUUGGCCGUCUUCCCGUUGUUGUGCCCCUGCACAGCCUGGAUGAAGACACGCUGGUGCGAAUCUUGACUGAACCACGCAACGCUGUAGUGCCACAGUACCAGGCUCUCUUCAGCAUGGACAAAUGUGAACUCAAUGUGACUCCAGAUGCCUUGAGGGCUAUUGCUAGGUUGGCCCUGGAGAGAAAAACUGGAGCUCGUGGGCUCAGAUCAAUCAUGGAAAAGCUGCUCCUGGAGCCCAUGUUUGAGGUGCCUCACUCUGACAUCAUGGCUGUAGAGCUGAGUAAAGAUGUCGUCCACGGCAAAUCGGAGCCACGAUACAUCAGAGCGCCGGCCAAGGAGUCAGCAGAAGAGGAAUACGACUCGGGGAUUGAAGAGGAGAACUGGCCUCGGCAGGCAGACGCCGCCAACAACUGAACCACCUGCUGUUAAUUUCACAAAAUCCUAAAAACUGAGCAAUCUAAAAUCAUUAGAUUUCUGUGAAUCUUUGAUGGAUACAACUAUGGGUUCUCAUUACAGCCCCUGACCCCUAACAACCAUGCUGUGGAAGUUGUAGUAAAAGGUGGUGAAGGCUGCUGGUUCUCACUGAGGAGUGUUUUCAUGAUGAACAAGGCUAUGAGUGUGUCUUUGGUCCCGUGCAUCAGAUAUUAAUUCUUUAGAGGUGCACUCACAAGGUGGACCUUAUAGACUAUUUCAAUCUCUGGGGAUUGUUAACAUUUUAUCUAUCUAAAGAUAAUGCAAUUUUAUUCAAAUAAAAAAGGAAAAAAAAAAAGAAAAAAAAUAGAUUCAUAGCUAGAUGAUUUUGUUUUCUCUUUUUUGUGGUGAUAAGUUGAAAUGGCAAGGGAAACAAAUGGACGUUAUGGGAUCACACUGUACACUUGAAAACAGGGAGUUGACAAUGUGCAAAUGAAAUGUUUUCAUGUUACAUACCACAAGUAAUGCCUUAAGUCAUAAGGGCAUGAUAUUCCAUGAGCACAUCAAUAUUUUGAUGUUUUCUUAGCCACCAUUUUAAUAAUGGUGUUCACAAUGAAAUUUGGGCUGUAAAUGUUGAGCUACACCAAUUAUGUAGCGUUUGUAAGCAGUUUGUACGGCACGACCUCUUAAUUAGGAGAACAUAUGGUAAAGUGUAACAUACAAGCACCAGCACACUAAGCAAAGUAGGUGAAAGUAAUGGUUACCUUUUUAAACUGCCAGAAUGGUUAUUUUUAAUUGUGUUAUUUCCUCCUCUGCCCCACUCUUUAGCGAAUGUAUAUGUGUUAACCUACAGAUUUCUCUAUCGCACUAUUAGAUCAGAACAGCAAGUUUUUUUUUUUUCUGUUUGGCCCAGCUUUUAGAUUUCAGCUCACCUUUACUGAUGUAAUGUCUUGUUACUAAAUGGUACCUCAUUAGACAUGUUUGUAAUUAAGCCUCCACUUCAAUGUAACCAUCAAACUGAACCAUGAUGCUCUCCUCUUAAAGCCUGUAUGUGCUAUAAAAUGAAACUCUACUAGGAUUGUUCUCCCUCUGCUUUGAGUUCCCUUUGCUUUCAGUAAAGAUUCAAAAUGCUUUUCUUUCUUUCAGUUUUCAGAGGUCUGUUACAGAAGCUGUAAGCCCCCGAAGUUGUGAAACUUAAAUUUAUUGAUGUGAUUGUUUAAAUAUAUAAAUAAAAUGUAUAUCUCUGUACAGAA